AUGGUGGGUGGACGGCAGCAGCUCGAAGAACUACAGCGACAAGCUGCGCUUCAAACGAAGGUCCUAUCUCUCCAAGAGCAAGCAGAAAUGCAAGCUCGCCGUGCUGCUGCGGCAGAAAGGAAGAAACAGAUGGAUGGCAAACCCAACCAGCUGCAGGAAGAGCUGCAAAAGAAGUUGGCGCGGCGAAGAGCAGCAAUGGAGGCAGCUGAGGAUUCCAAAGCGGGAGAGGGAUCACCGGCCAACGGAGACGCGGCACUGUCGCCACUUGAUCCACUGGAAACUGGUCAGCUGCAGCCUUCGCAGCUCUCAGUUCCAACAAGGCCGACUCUGUUAGAGUCGACCCAGUCUGCAAAAGCCUCCCAUGAUCGUUCAGACCGAUGUACUUCGGAGGUGUCCGCGUCGAAAUCGAAGCCGACAGCUCCACAGCCCCCCGAGCCUGCGGUGCCUGCGGUGCCUGCGGUGCCUGCAGUGCCUGCAGUGCCUGGGGCACGAGCACAGCCCAGAUGUCAGGUGACGCACGUGCAACAUGUACAGUACGCUCAGCAGCACGUGCAGCACGUCCAAAAUGUGCAAGAAGUCUUGGAGAGCGAAGGAGUCUCUCCCGGUUUCACCAUAAGAGAGCAGGUUUGGGAGCAGCAAUCUGGGCAGCAGAACGAGUGCUGCGCACUGCAAUGA